AUGGCGCUCGCCAACACACGCGUUUCUCUGGCUGGAUCUCUGCCUAAGCCGAGAUACACAGGAGAGGAAGAAGAUGCUCCGCUCCACGCCCAAUUAAAAGGACCCCGCGUCGUGGACGCACGCGAACUCGACUCGACGCAGCUCGUUGUCAAGCAAUCCGGACCUCCAGCAUAUGGCAAACGAUCAGGAUGGCGGCCGAAGGGCGCGGAGGAUUUUGGUGAUGGUGGCGCCUUUCCGGAAAUUCCUGUCGCCCAAUAUCCUCUGGACAUGGGAAGGAAAGGCGCGGCGUCGAGUUCGAAUGCACUUGCGAUCCAAGUAGAUAAUGACGGCAAGGUCAAAUACGAUGCGAUCGCAAGGCGCGGCCACAGCGACAAAAGAAUCAUCCAUGCCAGCUUCAAGGAUCUGAUCCCGCUGCGACAGCGAGCUGAUGCUGGCGACAUCAGUCUGGCUCGACCGUCAGAGGAGGACAUACAGGCUAGUAAAGAGAGGACACAGAAGGCGUUGCAGAGUUUGGUCGACGGAACAUUGGCUGCGCAAAAGACGAAAACCAUCAAAGGAACUUCCAGGCCUGAGCCGACCUAUGUCCGGUACACACCUGCGAACCAGAUGGGAGACAACAGUAAGAAGCAGGAUCGCAUCAUGAAAAUUGUCCAGAGGCAACAGGAUCCUUUCGAGCCACCAAAGCAUAAGAUCAAGAAAAUUCCUCGAGGGCCGCCGUCACCGCCACCACCGGUGAUGCGGUCGCCUCCCCGGAAAUUGACCGCUGAGGACCAAGAAGCUUGGAAAAUCCCGCCCCCGAUUUCGAACUGGAAAAAUCCGAAAGGUUAUACAGUGCCACUGGAUAAGCGUCUCGCUGCGGACGGACGAGGCCUCCAGGAUGUCACCAUCAAUGACAAAUUCGCUCAGUUUGCAGAAGCACUUCACACGGCUGACCGUCACGCACGCGAAGAAGUUACACAGAGACAACGCAUGCAACAAAGGCUAGCGGAGAAGGAGAAGGAGGCUAAAGAAGACCAUCUACGCCAGCUGGCUAUGAAAGCGCGGGCGGACAAGGAAGCUGCAAUGUCAACUCGCCGGCGAUCCGAAGAUCGUCGCUCACGAAGCGGCUCCGUCGACAGCCGGUCAUCAUACUCAUCAUAUUCACGCUCCCCUAGUCGGGACCGAAGUGCCGAUGGCUCGGAGGACGAGCGAAGGGAGCGGGAGAAACUGCGCGCCGAGAGGAAUUCGGAACGGAAACGAGAAUAUCGUCAAAAGAACAUGGGCCACGAACGGCGCAUUCAAGUCGCCGCCCGCGAGCAGAAUCGCGACAUUAGCGAGAAGGUCGCGCUAGGCCUUGCCAAGCCCACCCAGAAUCGUGAAGCUAUGUACGACUCUCGCUUGUUCAACCAGAGCUCUGGUUUUGCCGCGGGUUUCAACGAAGAUCAGCCCUACGACAAACCACUCUUUGCUGAGCGCGAUGCGCUGAACUCCAUCUACCGACCUUCUGUUGGCGAGGACGACGAGGAUGGUGGAGAAACACUGGAGCAGAUUCAAAGCACAAAGCGAUUCGAAGGGCUGGGAAGAGCGCCCAAAGAGGGCUUCAGAGGUACGGACACAGUCGAGCAGAGAAGUGGACCGGUGCAGUUCGAACGUGAUCGUGGAGAUGAUCCAUUUGGGGUUGAAGCAAUGAUCGCAGAGGCAUCGAACACAGCAAGUAAAAGGGCAGCGGAGGAAGAGGAGAGUCAAAGACGAGGAAAGAAGGCCAGGGUUGACGAGGGUGACGACUGA